AUGGAGCCACAUGGAUCCCCAGUGGGAAGCUUUCUCACCACAUCCUGUGUUGUUCACACCACUGUGACCAGUUCCUCUUCCAGUACUUCAUCUUUCAUAAUUGCUCACAAUCAAGCCAAUAGCUGGUUGAUAGACAACUCGUCCAUCUGGUUACAAAACACGCUAACAGCUUUACGUCUCAAAAGCAGAGUUGCAAUGGCUACUCUAAGUGAUAAUACGUUGAUGGAUUCAUCCAAUGUGGGAAAUGAAGACUUUUCAAGCAGGAACUUGAAGACUUCUUUGGAACCACAAGAUGAACUUACGCAAGACACUUCAAGAAUGCAGGAUUCUUUUGAUGAUCAUGAAGAUGAGUCUGCAAUUCUGGUCUUGGAUCCAGACCAUCCGAAAAUGGUGCAGUUCCAAGCAGCUGUCAAGAAUUACCUGUUGAAAAUGAAAGAGAAACAUGAAAUGUCCAUUCGAGAAGUAGACAAACCCCUGAAAAUGAAAACACAAGAGAAAGAGAGCCUUGGAGUUGAUCUUUAUGGGGUGCAGCAAGAAUUGGCUCGGCAGCAGAUGUUGUUAGAAGCAGCACAGGACAAAUAUAUCAAACUGAGCAAUGAAAGAAUGAAAAAUGAGGCCGAACUUGAUAUGAAAAAGAAUAAUUUCACCAAAUUAUUUUCAGAAUAUAACAAAUGCAAAAAGCAAGUGGCUCAGCUGCAAAAUGAAAUUGAAAAUUUGGGGCUUCGUAGAUUUUACAUGAGGGACACCAAAGAUGAUUUAGGAGGGGACAUCAAACUUUUGAAAAGAGCGGCAGAUAAAGCAGAAAAUGAUGUCUUGCAAGCACAAGUGGAGAAGAAGAAACAGGAUUUGUUUGUUGAUCGUCUUGUGGAAAAAGUUGAGAAGCUUCAAGAUGAUAUCGCCAUGUUCAAUGCUCAAUACAAAUUGCAAGUGUUGGAAACAAAAAAUGCCAAGAAUCUUUUGCAUGAAGCAGAACUUCAGUUGAUGUCAAUCAAUUUGGAGAAACGCGAACUGCAACAAUAUUGGAGAAACAGUUUAAUUGGGAUGAAAAGACGAGAUGAAGCAUACAUGUCUACACUCAGUGCACUCAGGCAAUUAGAAGAAGAUGAUCUGACACUUGAUACUGAGAUCAUUGGCUACAAGAAAAGCAUUUUGAGUGAACAAGAGCAGAACGAGAAAUUAACAAACAUUUAUAACAAAAACAAAAAAGAUGCAGACAUUGUGAAGGAAAUGUUGAAGCAAUGCAGAAAUAAACACGAAACACUGAAGACUCGUUUCUCUACACAUUCACGCCUAUUACAUGAAACUGAAAAAGACCUUAACAAAACGAAUAUGGAAAAAAAUUAUUUGUCUGAUUCUCUGGAAGAAAUGAAGAAAAUGACUCAUAAAGAAAAAGUGAAAAUGAAACAAUUGGAGAAUGCAAUCAUGGAAAAAAUCCAUUCCCAAUUGAUGUUUGAAAAAUCUUCACAAUACACAAACAAACUGACAGACAAAACCAAAGAAAUCAGUCAACAAUUGGAUUUUGAGAGGAUUAUGUUGGAAAAUGUCAUCUCUAAAAUAUGUAUGGAAUUCACCUCAACAAAGGCUAGAAAAACAUGUGUGGAGAAUGUCCUAAAGCAAUACGAUGAAGAGAUUGUAGAGAGGAAUGAAGUUAUUGAUCGCAGUGAACAAGGUAUUUUAAAACGAGCUUCACUGCUUCAGAAGAAGCAAACGACAAUUGAUAUUUGCAAUAAAAAACUUGAAGUGCUCAUCAACAAAGCUGGGGGUAUUGAACUUGGACCUUUGGAAGCGACCAUAAAGUCUCUACAGAAGUCAAUUAAAGAGAGAGAGCAUGAUAUUGGCCAAUUGCAACAGACAUGGCUCCAAAAACAAGGAAUUUUGGUGCAGUUGAUCAAAGAAAGAGACGUGCAGUCUGAAAUUAUGGAAACAACAAAAAAAGAACACACUGUCCAUUCACAGAAAAAAAUAAGAACUGAAAACAAAAUUCACAAACAAGAAUGUGAAAAAGCAGAUUUAGAAAGGAGUGUUUCCAAUUGUAGGAAUGACAUCAUUAAACUAAACACAUUGAAUCAUCAAGAAAACCAACUGGCUGAAAAUUCAGAACAAAGCAAUAUUCUUGUGGAAAAUAAUUUCCUUUUGUCUCUUCAGCAAGCAAAAAUAGAUUUGAUUGAUCUUGAAGAGAAACUCCAGAACCAGAAAAAUGAAAAAGAAAUUUUGUUGCAAAAUCUUGUGGAAACUGAUCAACAGAUCAUGUUAUGGGAACGGAAGAUUCAAUUGCUGAAGGAAACACGUGCAGCAGUUGACACAGACUUUGAUCAAGGAGAAAUUAAAUCCAUGAAAGCAGAAAUCCAUCGAAUGGAAGUGCGAUAUGCUCAGCUGAUACGUCAGCAAAAUAAAAUGAUUCAAGAAACAGAAAGAUUUUUUCUCCGACGUGAUAGUAUUACUGUCCAAGGGGAAGCUCGAUUAAAUAAGAAAGUUUUCACAAAAGGCACCCUCACUCGACAACUGACAGACUUGAAGAAGAAGAUUAAACAAUCUGCUCAGGAGGCAAACCGUUUUAAUUUAGAAAUUGAGAAUCUUCAGAAGAAACAAAAUAUUUUUGGAGAGAAGCUUGACAGUGUUCAAGAGGGUUGUAUAAUGCUGAAGUCACAAGUGGAAAUUAUUGAAGAUGAAACCAGAUCAAAAGCAAACAGUAAAUAUAAAGAUCUACUACUUUUGGUCGCUGAACAACAGAAAAGCAAAUAUUUUCAGCAAGCGCAAAUCAAAGAAUUAAUCAAUAAACGAAUUUACAGACACAACAAAUUAGUUCAUUUUUCUGCCUUGAAUCAACAACAAGACACAAAGAAGAAAAUAUUUAUUUCUUACGCACAAUCUAUGAGCGACAAACUCCUUUCGGGUUCUUCUCUGAGAUUAUCUAACACUAUCAUAGUGAGUUACAAAUCGAGUCCGGUGCGGACACCACACUCUCGAUUUCCACACCUGGCUGACACAAUUAUUCCUGACGAAGGCAGUGGAAAGUCGAAAUCUCUCGGAAUGAUGGUGGCGGCGGCGGCGGCGGCAUCUGCAAAUUUUAUAAAACAAGAAGAUGUGACCCGCACAAAUAUUGUUGGGCUUUUUACAGCAACAGAUUCUUCGGGUGAUGACCAAACAGGUGAAUCACUAACUUACCAGGAUUUGUUAGUUGGUUGCUGCUUGGCUGUUGCAGGGAAUCUUUUGAUCAGUAUUUCUUUAAAUGUCCAGAAAUACACCCACAUGAGAAAUGCUCAUGUCGAAAUGCCUCAGCAUUAUUUGCACAAUCCAUUGUGGUGGUUUGGUUUAGUGAUGAUGGGAUUUGGAGAACUUGGAAAUUUUUCUGCCUACGGAUACGCCCCAGCCUCGUUAGUGGCUCCACUCGGAACUACAACAGUCAUCGCCAACAUAUUCCUGGCAGCUGUGUUUUUGAAAGAAAAAAUCCGUCCAGAACAUUUAUUUGGUUCUGCUCUGGCCAUUGUUGGUGCCUGUUUGCUUGUGAUAUUUGCAUCAAAAGUAAGUUUUCUUUUCUUUUUGUUUCUUUUCUUUUUGUUUCUUUUCUUUUUGUUUCUUUUCUUUUUGUUUCUUUUCUUUUUGUUUCUUUUCUUUUUGUUUCUUUUCUUUUUGUUUCUUUUCUUUUUGUUUCUUUUCUUUUUGUUUCUUUUCUUUUUGUUUCUUUUCUUUUUGUUUCUUUUCUUUUUGUUUCUUUUCUUUUUGUUUCUUUUCUGUUUUCCCCCUUUUUCUCUUGUUUUCCUUUUCCAUUUCUGUUAG